AGGUACCGUUAAUGACAAAUCAUCCGCUACUCCCCAUAGAUAUUGGAACACCAGCAGUUGCACCAGACAGCAGAUCUAUUUUCUUAUGAUGUGCUAAUCUAUUGCAAUCAAUUCGACGCCGGACCAGAAUCCACCUUCGCUGGAGUAUAUGAUGGCCAUGGCAGGUCAAAAAGCAAUGUUGGAAUGUGAAAGAAGUUUGCGCCUACAAAGAGAUGCUUGGCAUAGUGGUAUGACAUAAUACUCACUUAGUCACUUAUGCUCCUCCUACACAUGGAAUUUUUUUCCAUUCUCAGUGGUCAUGUUGAUCUUUAAAAAAACAAAACAAGUUAAACGCUUUACAGGGCUUCAUAGAACUUUGGACAACCAUAUAGAGAUAUCUAAGAAUUUUAGGAUACAUGGGCAUGAGGGCACUGUUUCCUUCAUAACUGCAUUAACUGAGCAGUUAUAUGCUGCUUGCAACACACUGAGGCUUUUGUCAAAUGCGGAUUAUAAAGUAUGUGUUGUUGGUCCCUUUGCGGUAAAAUUUCUCUCUUCAUUCAUACACACCCGCUUGCGGCUUUACUUGUGUUCCGUAGUUCCGCCCCCCUCAAUCUGGCUGCCAGUUUACAGAUUUUGGCUUUGCUAUUUUAAGAUAUAUAUUACAGUAAGGUAAAAUGUAAUCACACUUACACUAAUGAUAUUACUUUGAAAACCACCAAGAAAAUGCAAAACCAUAUUUUCUGAUUUUCAGAAUUUUCUUUAAGUUGUUGAAAAAGUAGAAAGAAGAAAAUGAUAAUGAGCCCAUAGAUUCUCAUUUGCUUCAUUUUGUGGCAUAUUUUCUUUAACCAUUACCAUUUUAGUGUCAUAUGUCACCAUGUGAGAUUAAAAGAAAGCACUUCAUAUUUCUAAUCUGCAGGUUAGCUCGAGGGAACCUCUUCGUCGUGCUGCUGCUGCUGAAUUAAUGGAGAUAAUUGGAUCUGCGGUCAGGUGUUUCUAUUCGAGAAAUGCAUGCAUGUAGACAUAUCUUCUUCUUGUGACAAAUGUUUUAAUUGUGUAGCAUGUACGUAAUUGUGUGUUUAAAUUUGUAAAUAAAAUAAACCCAACUUUCGUGUGGAU